UGACUGGGAAUUGUACGUUGUUGGAGGAUGAUGUUAAGUGCCCGCUGCUGUGAAAAAUACUCAGUUCAACUUUUUAAAGAAGAUUUGACUCCUUCUGCUUGUUUUGUUGUUUUAAGCAUAAAGGAUAAGUUUUUCUUGUAACUUUGGAAGGGGAGGUGUGGAAUCACUUCAGAAAAUUCAUUUUGCCUUUGAACGCCCGUUCCCUGCUGCGUGAUUGUGCUGGAAUUCCUCUAUCAAAAGGGUUUCUCUGUCAACAAUUACCAUGAUCCUUGUCUUCAUCCCAGCUUUGAAUCCACUGGGCUAUUGAAUAGGCAAAUAAAACCGGCUAGUUCAGGAAGAUGAAACAAAGUAUCUGCCUGAAUUUCUAAUUUCAUUAGAGGGAAGAAGAGACAUGCAGACAUCAAGAGGAGGGGAUGAGUCUUUAUGCUCACCCCCCUGACACGACUGAAUUUGCAGGAAGAUCAGCUGAGAGCAAGCCCCAGCCUUGCUGCACGGCCCUUCACCUGCAAUGCAGUGCUGGGCAGCUGCAGCUGGGUGCUGGAGGCAAAUCCCUCUUCUCCUUCACUCUUGCACAAAGCUUUGCUGCAUUUGAGGAGAACCAGCCCCUCUGCCUGCUGCUGAUGUCCCCCUCCUUCCCCAACACUGUGGUGUCUGAUUUUUGAUGGCUUUUUCAAAAACUAUUGGGCUGUCUUCGGGAAUAUUUUUAUCCAUGGGAGGCCGUGCUUCUUGCAGACCCGACACCCAGCACCGGGGCCCUGCUGCCCAUUCCGAGAAUGAUCUUCCAGAGCAAGAGGAGGAAAUCCUGGGAUCAGAUGAUGAUGAGCAAGAGGAUCCAAAUGAUUACUGUAAAGGGGGUUACCACCUUGUGAAAAUAGGAGAUCUCUUCAAUGGACGCUACCAUGUGAUUCGGAAGCUUGGAUGGGGCCACUUCUCCACCGUGUGGCUGGCUUGGGACAUCCAAGGGAGGAGAUUUGUGGCAAUGAAGGUGGUGAAGAGUGCGGAGCACUACACAGAAACAGCACUGGAUGAAAUCAAGUUGCUGAAAUCGGUCCGCAACAGUGAUCCAAAUGAUCCAAGCAAAGAGAGAGUCGUUCAGUUAUUAGAUGACUUCAAGAUUUCAGGAGUGAAUGGUUCCCAUAUCUGUAUGGUGUUUGAAGUUCUAGGGCAUCAUCUCCUGAAGUGGAUCAUCAAGUCAAAUUACCAGGGUCUUCCGCUCCCUUGUGUCAAAAAAAUCAUCAAACAGGUUCUUCAGGGUCUGGAUUACUUGCAUACAAAAUGUCGAAUCAUUCACACAGAUAUAAAACCUGAGAACAUCCUGCUGUGUGUGAAUGACCAGUACAUUCGCAGGCUGGCUGCAGAGGCAACAGAGUGGCAGAGAUCUGGGGCUCCCCCACCAUCUGGCUCUGCAGUGAGCACUGCACCACAGCCAAAACCAGCUGACAAAAUGUCAAAGAAUAAGAAAAAGAAGUUGAAAAAGAAGCAGAAACGACAGGCUGAGUUGUUGGAGAAGCGAAUGCAAGAGAUAGAGGAAAUGGAGAAGGAGGCAAACCCUGGGCAGACACAACCUGAAGAGGAGGAAGAAGCUCAGACUCCUCUGGAAAUGCUCAUAAAAGUCAGUCCGCCAGAGGAAAAUGUCAGCAAAAAGCCAGCACAAGCCCUUGGACAGGAGCAAUCUAAUCUCAUGGAAAGCAGCGUGGAAAAACGUGCAAGAGAAAUCAACUGCAACGGAGUGAUCCCAGUGACGGACUUCACAAACUCUGGGAAUGAAGGGUCUGUGCGACUUGAGGACGACCUUCACAAUGCCAAUGACUGUGGCAAUCACCCUCACACACAGAAGGCUGAGAACUUCCAUAGCUGUAAUUACACUCAGCACAACAGUGACUCAGAGAACAGGCCUCAAGAAGCAAUGUCGGACUCGUUUGUGCCCUUGGCCCCAGAGGAUUCCAUGGUGUGUCAGCCCACGUCCAACGAACAGCAGGCAUUCAGUGAGCAGAUGAACAAUUUUCAGGAAAGUAUCAGGACAGAGAUCCCUUCAGAGGAUGAGAAUGAGAAUAACAGCCCAACAGACAACAAAGGAAAAUCAGCUGCUGGGAAUUUCCUUCUUAAUCCUCUUGAGCCCAAGAAUGCAGAUAAGCUCAAAGUGAAGAUAGCUGACCUAGGAAACGCCUGCUGGGUGCACAAGCAUUUCACUGAAGACAUCCAGACAAGACAGUACCGGUCCCUGGAGGUGUUGAUAGGGUCGGGGUACAACACCCCUGCUGACAUCUGGAGCACAGCCUGCAUGGCCUUUGAGUUGGCAACAGGGGACUAUCUGUUCGAGCCUCACUCUGGGGAAGAUUACUCACGAGAUGAAGAUCAUAUUGCAUUGAUCAUAGAACUUCUGGGGAAAAUACCUCGCAAGCUCAUUUUGGCAGGAAAGUAUUCCAAGGAGUUUUUCACCAAAAAAGGUGAUCUGAAGCACAUCACCAAACUGAAGCCCUGGGGCCUUUUUGAAGUGUUGGUGGAAAAAUACGAGUGGUCCCAAGAUGAGGCAGCUGCAUUCACAGACUUCUUACUCCCUAUGCUGGAGCUGAUCCCAGAGAAACGAGCUACAGCAGCAGAGUGUCUCAGGCACCCCUGGCUUAACUCCUAGAAGCUUCCAAGCAAUGCCACAACGUUAUACUCUGGUUUACAGCAUAGCCUACACACCCAGCUGCCCUUUCCCAGACCCAUAUUUCUCCUUGUUCAGUUUCAGUGUGGAGUUCUUCCUUCAAGGCUUCCAAGAUUUUAGAUAAAUCUAACCCGUUCUGCUGAAUUUGUUUGUGUGACUUAAUGGGGACUCUCCUCAGCCAGUGGGCAUCAUCCAUGUUUUUGCCUUGAUUGGGCUUCACCAAAGACUAAUUAACUAGAAUCAGAGAUUUUUCCUCAGUCUCCUCACUGUUAGGCACUGUGUGUGACAGAUGUGAGCUCACCCGUGCUCAGAUAUCUCCCUUAGCUAAAUUCCAACCCUCCUGUCUUCCUGUGAAGAUCUCACUGACUCAGGAGUCAAUUUUCCCACUGUUGAUCCAGUAGCUACUGAUGGGGUGAGAUGUAACAGUUGGCAUCAAGGUGGUGCCAGAUCCUUGUUAGAGCAAAGACCUUGAAAUCUGCCAUCACUCUCUAAGUGUCUACUGUUUUCUUUGCUUUCCAGUCACAGCUUUUAUUUAGUACUGCUUUUGAAAGAGCUUUUUAAACCUAGGUUUUAGUAUCCUUUAUUUCUUCCUCCAAAGUGCCCUGUCCAUUUACUUUUUCUCCUUCCCUGUGCCCUUGAUAGUCAGAAUAGUUUCUGGACUUGGUGAUGUUUUCUACUUCAAUGCCUGUGACUUAAAGGUGACAAGCAAAAUAAGCAAAAGCUAGAACUGACUAAACGCACAACCCUCAGCCAACAGAUGGGUGCACCCUCAGCCUGCAGAGAGAGCCUUGUUGCAGGCAACUCUUAACAUGAUAGCGAGCCAUAAGUUUUUGGGGUUUUUUAUCCCUUACUGGCACUUUUUUGCCUUGCUUGAGGUGGUAUUCAUGAGAGAUUGGCUUUCACUGAUGCAGUCUGCUGCGACUUUUCAUUUUUUGACCAUUCACUUUUUUUCCAAGGAAAGGGUUGCAGCGCCUGUAUCACAGCCAAGCUGCAGCUGUGGACUUUGAAAAUCAACACUUGAAGUUCCAGUGUAAAGAUUUCUUUUAAUUUGCUUCAGGUGCAGGCCUUCAGAAAUAACUUCCCAGGAUGGGACUGCCUUUUAUUUUCUGGGCCAUUAGCACAAGAAGAGAGCUAGCAGAAGUGGAAGAGAACUGACUUUUCCACGUAGAUACUGGAUUAGAAGCUGUUUCUAGAGUUACCCCAAAUAAAAAAAUGUUCUAUGGGAUUUCUAUGUAAGCUUCUCAGAGGGGGUUUGGACAUAAUGGGUUAAUUUUAAUUAAAAGUUAAAUCACUGUGGCAUUUGAUAGUUCUAUGAUGGCUUCUUCUAGACUUACCCAUCCUGUUACAGAUUCAGUGCAUCCCACUCUUCUCUAAGCAAGAUUUGGCAACGUUGAGACUUCAGAGACACUUCCUUACUCUGGACCAAACAGGCCUUUGGAUUUGUGGUGGUUUGCAGAGGAUAGAAGUUGCUGGAGACCGUGCAGAUGCUAUCCAAGACAAUUUCCAUUGCCAAAGCUGCCAAGACCACUGUUAUGUGUCCCUUCUGUGUCUGUGUUUGGGAACUGUGGUUUGUAAGGAUCAUUCACUCACAAACGGGGCCAUUUAAUCCACUUGAACAGAGUUUCUCCACUUCAGAGCCCAAUUUGGCUUAUUUAUGCAAAUCAUGCUGCAUGUUCCUUUAGUGGUAGAUCAGGUUCUCUAUGCAUAUCAUAAAAAAAAGAAAGGCAGGUACCAUACCAAAAAAUGUUUUUAACUGCUGAAUUGACCUUUUCUUUUGGUUUUUUCCUUUCAUCCGGCAUUUUCCAGUUGUGGGUCACUUCUGUAUCUGUUACAGGAGGACUGCAGACAGUACUGGGUUCCAACUUUCUGUGAAGAUACAUUGGCAGGGCAAACAAUUCCUGCAGUCUUGAAAGCUCACCCGGUCCUGCCUACUUGAGACUGGCUGAUGAAGGAACAUUUCCCAGAAGGGGCCUGCACUCUUUGACUCUUGAGAGCUCCUGCCCAUCCUUCCUUCCCUUCCCUCUGCUAGCCCUGACUGGAGGAGGGGUUUUUUUACCAUGAUAGCCAAGGCUAGAGCCAGCUUGUGAGUUGAAGACCUGCAGAAGCAGCUGUCAUGAUUCAGUCUUGUACCGUCCGCUCGUUCACUAGGGCUUUGUUCCAUUUCCAAAUUGCCACGAAGUGCUCACACUAAAGGAUUUGUACUUGCUGUGUCAGUCUAAAACCUGAAGGAAAAUACAUUUUUAUUCUUUCUA